CCAAAAUGUUGGCGGCUCGCCGGCUGUCCGCCGCCACCUCUCCGCUCCUCCUCCGCCGCCUUUCCGCACAGACCCACCCCACGGCAUCGUCGGCGCAGCCCCCGCCGGAGGUGACCGAUUCGGGUCCGGGAGCGUGGGCCGGCCGCGCGGUGACGCUCUCGCUGCUGGGUCUGACGGGCGCCGUCGCAGCCAGUGCUGUCAGCGACCUCUCCGUCUUCCUCUCAUGCUCCAGCCAGGCAAUAGAGAAGGCCACCCAGAACCAGCAGAUAGUCAAUGCUAUCGGUAAACCAAUCAUGCGGGGACCCUGGUACAGUGCUUCCAUUGCUGUGAAUCACGCGAAGCAUUCUGUCUCCUGCACUUUCCCGGUGUCAGGACCCCAAGGAAAUGGUCUGCUCAAGCUCAAAGCUGUGCGCUUGGGAGAUGAAUCUUGGUAUUCGUAUGUGCAGCCCACCGAGUGGGAGAUACUGAUAAUGGAUGCCAUCCUUGAUGUCCAUACGGAAGAUGGUAAGCACACGACAAUGCGGGUAACAAUUCCAGACAACACACCUGCUCCGCCACCAGCAGACUGCACCGCGUGCAAGUCCCAUGCAGCGGAGAAGUGAAUCCAUUGACAGAUGUUCUUUCCACAGUUUCUUACGAAAAUAAUUUAUUCACACAUUUCUGAUGCAACCGGCUAUUAUCGGAAAAUAAUUCUUAGCGAUUCCUAAGGUCGACAUGGGGUCCUCGAUUUAUUUAUUCACAUUAUAAAUCGAGGACUCCAGGUCGACCUUAGGAAUCGGUAAGAGUUAUUUUCUGAUGCUAGCCAGAAAUCCCUAAAUCGGUAAGAAUAAAGUGCUUGCAACGAUGUUGGACAGUUGGUUGGAUCU